CUUUUUUAUAUUUUCUCUUCUGCAAUGAUUCGAAAUGUGGAGCAUGUAUUCACAUGGGCGGCCAGAGAUGUCAAGUUCUUAUACGCCAUCACCAAUUGUUUUAUUCAAUUAAUGAAGUAUCCUCUCCAUAUUUUUGGUCAUAUGGUUUUUAGGGGUUUCCUGUAUUAGUCUGGAUCUUGGCUGGAAGAGGAUUGAGAAAAGGCAUCCAUGGGAAGAGGGAAGGUUCUGCUGAAGAAGAUAGAGAAUAGAAUCAACAGACAAGUUACAUUCUGUAAGAGGAAAACUGGGUUGUUGAAGAAGGCCUGCGAGCUCUCGGUGCUUUGUGAUGCAGAAGUGGCUCUAAUCAUCUUCUCUAACAGUGGAAAGGUCUCUGAAUAUUCCAGUACCAGUAUUGGAAAAACAUUUCAGAAGUACAAGGAAGCCAAUGCUCACAGAAUGGAGCGUGUUGAGACUCAUAAAAACAGUGACAUUCAGUAUUGGCAACACGAGGCAAGAAAGCUCAGGCAGGAAACUGAGAGUCUUGGAAAUACCAUCAGGCAACUAAUGGGAGAAUCCCUUACAUCCUUAAGCAUUUGGGAUCUUCAGCAGCUUGAAAAGUUACUGGAAAAGAGCCUUGCUUGUGUAAGAUCAAAGAAGGACGAAAGGCUAAGUGACGAGAUUGCCAACCUGAAAAGAAGGGAUCUCUUCUUACAAUCACAAAAUCAGAUUCUCAUGAAUGCGAUAGAGCGAAGCGAAGAAAGCACAAGUAGAGUAGAGCUGGAUAGUUUAGCUCAAGGUGUUGUAAAGAAUCUGCUAGAUAUUAAUUCAGGAGAAUCUCAGCAGUACUCCAGUGGCAAUAAUCUAGUUAUUGAAACUGCUCUUCAACUUGGAUAAACUUUUAGCUGGCAAUUCAGAUUUUUCAACCUGCAAAGCUUCUUCAGAAAAUCAUAUUUACACGUAUGAGUUGCAGAUAUAUUAAAUAAUCUAUGUGCUCAAAUUAUAAUUGAACUCUGACUAUGCCGUUCACUCUAACAAACUUAUUAAUUUGUUUAUUAUUUUGAGAAGAAUGAUGGCGCACUUCAUAGUUACAAACAACUUGCUCAAGCCUAAGAAAAACAAAACUUAAAUUUUAUUUAUCUUAAUAAGAAUUUGAGCACCAUGAUGCCAACUUUAGUGUACAUUAUUAUAUGCCUGCACGCACUGCAGAAUACAUGGUGUGUGUAAGAAAUCUCUCUU